UGUCCAGACGUGAAGGAGCUGGAGAACAUCCGCAAGGCUCUGUCGUUCGACCACCGCGGAGACGAGCACGCGACGCACCCCCUCUCCUCACCCUCGUCUGUCGCCGCGGUAACGGGGGACACUCACGAAGGUGGAGGAGGCAGCGUCGGGGUCGGGGGGGAGCCGGGUCGGGAGAACGGAGAGGUCAAAGGUCACAGCGCUCCUGAAAUCAAGAGGAUGGAUUUAAACGACUUUGUGUUCAUCAAAGUUUUGGGGAAAGGAAGCUUCGGAAAGGUGAUGCUGGCGGAGCUGAAAGGCAGCGACGAGGUCUACGCUGUCAAAGUGCUGAAGAAGGACGUGAUCCUGCAGGACGACGACGUGGACUGCACCCUGACUGAGAAGCGGAUCCUAGCCCUGGCCAGAAAACACCCGUACCUGACGCAGCUCUUCUGCUGCUUCCAGACUAAA